GCCAAAACUAAGAAGGCACAUCAAGAGAGGACUCAGUUUUCCAUUCUUGUUUCCUCCACAGUAUUCCCUCUCCCAUACAAGUUUUUGGUUUAUCCAUCUAGUGUCUCUUUUUAUAAAUAUUAGCAAACACAAAUAUCUUUAUAUCCCCUCCAGACCCUUUCUUUCAUCCAUUUUUAUGAUAAACAUUCCAUUAGUGAAUAUUGACGUUUGAGAAUGACUUUUCUUCUUCUUUUUAACCGUAACGAUGGCUAAUAGUUCAGAACUACUGAAGUCUGGCUGGAGAGAUGAGGACUAUUACUUUUUAAAAGAAACACUUUUUUUUCUGGAAGCCCAUUUUUUUCUGAAAGAAACAAUUUUUUUCUUCAUUUUCUUCGCGCCUCUCUAAGCUGUCAGGAAAUAAUUCAGCGCAAUUCGGGCUGAAGCGUGUGCUUCGUGUGCUCCGCCGCCUGCGGUCAGAUCACAGUCCCUUCCGAGGCUGCUCGGAAGAGGGAGUAGGGGACGCUUGCCUUCGCUGGUGUUCUGCCCCUGAGGCUGACGCCCCUCGUUACUCCCUCCAUUCCCUCCCAUAUCUGGGAGAAGCACAGACAUCUCUCUCUCUCUGCUUUUGGUCUUCUAACGCAGUUGCUCGCCCACCAGCUCCCUGGCUCUGCCACUCCCGGGCGGGCACGGGGGAGCUGGGGCCUCCCCGCCUGCGCACGGCGGUGCUGGGAUUGGGGGCGGGCGCGCCGCCUCUGUCUCCCGCGCGCUCGCUGGCUCCCGCCCUCCCCGCCUCCUGCGAUCUCCUGCCUCAGCCUUGCAGGCUCCGCACUGCAGAUGCCCGCUGGCUUCCCCGCGCUCGGCGGCUCCCGCGGUGCCCCGCAAGUCCCGGUGACCCUCCAGCACGGGCCGCGCGCUCCUUUUUCCCAGGGGCCGGUCAGCCGCCGAGAGCGGAUCGCACUCCCCCAACACUGAGAGCGCAUCCGCUCAGCUGGUGGGGCAGCGGGGACCGAGGCAGACGGUGGCCGUGCCGGAGCCCGGGCGCUCCCGGAUGCGGCAGGACAAGCUGACCGGCUCUCUGAGGCGCGGUGGAAGAUGCCUGAAGCGGCAGGGCGGCGGCGUGGGCACCAUCCUGAGCAAUGUGCUCAAGAAGCGCAGCUGCAUUUCUCGGACCGCGCCCCGGUUGCUCUGCACCCUGGAGCCGGGAGUUGAUACAAAGUUGAAAUUCACUCUUGAGCCAUCUUUAGGUCAAAAUGGUUUUCAGCAGUGGUAUGAUGCUCUCAAGGCAGUUGCCAGGCUGUCCACAGGAAUACCAAAGGAAUGGAGGAGAAAGGUUUGGUUGACCUUGGCAGAUCAUUAUUUGCACAGUAUAGCCAUUGACUGGGACAAAACCAUGCGCUUCACUUUCAAUGAAAGGAGUAAUCCUGAUGACGACUCCAUGGGAAUUCAGAUAGUCAAGGACCUUCACCGCACAGGCUGUAGUUCUUACUGUGGCCAAGAGGCUGAGCAGGACAGGGUUGUGUUGAAGCGGGUGCUACUGGCCUAUGCCCGAUGGAACAAAACUGUUGGGUACUGCCAAGGCUUUAACAUCCUGGCUGCACUAAUUCUGGAAGUGAUGGAAGGGAAUGAAGGGGACGCCCUGAAAAUUAUGAUUUACCUUAUUGAUAAGGUACUUCCCGAAAGCUAUUUUGUCAAUAAUCUCCGGGCAUUGUCUGUGGAUAUGGCUGUCUUCAGAGACCUUUUAAGAAUGAAGCUGCCUGAAUUAUCUCAGCACCUGGAUACUCUUCAGAGAACUGCAAACAAAGAAAGUGGAGGUGGAUAUGAGCCCCCACUUACAAAUGUCUUCACGAUGCAGUGGUUUCUGACUCUCUUUGCCACGUGCCUCCCUAAUCAGACCGUUUUAAAGAUCUGGGAUUCAGUCUUCUUCGAAGGUUCAGAAAUCAUCCUAAGGGUGUCGCUGGCUAUCUGGGCAAAAUUAGGAGAGCAAAUAGAAUGUUGUGAAACAGCAGAUGAAUUCUACAGCACCAUGGGGCGCCUUACCCAGGAGAUGCUAGAGAAUGAUCUUCUGCAAAGCCAUGAACUCAUGCAGACUGUUUAUUCCAUGGCUCCAUUCCCUUUCCCACAAUUGGCAGAGUUGAGGGAAAAAUAUACCUACAACAUUACACCGUUCCCAGCCACAGUUAAACCCACCUCAGUUUCUGGACGCCAUAGUAAGGUCAGAGACAGUGAUGAAGAGAAUGACCCAGAUGAUGAGGAUGCUGUUGUUAAUGCAGUGGGAUGUCUUGGACCUUUUAGUGGGUUCUUGGCUCCUGAACUGCAGAAGUACCAAAAACAGAUUAAAGAGCCAAAUGAGGAGCAGAGUCUGAGAUCUAAUAACAUUGCAGAGCUGAGUCCAGGAGCAAUCAAUUCCUGUCGAAGUGAAUACCACGCAGCUUUUAACAGUAUGAUGAUGGAACGCAUGACCACGGAUAUCAAUGCACUGAAGCGGCAGUACUCUCGAAUUAAAAAGAAGCAACAGCAGCAGGUUCAUCAGGUGUACAUCAGGGCAGGCUCUAAAGAAGAAAAAGACUACAGGUUCUUUUUAGGCCCCAAGGACCAGGCAGUUGAUGACAAAGGGCCAGUGACCAGCAUUCUCCCGUCUCAGGUAAACAGUUCUCCAGUUAUAAACCACCUUCUUUUAGGAAAGAAGAUGAAAAUGACUAACAGAGCUGCCAAGAAUGCUGUCAUCCACAUCCCUGGUCACACAGGAGGGAAAAUGUCACCUGUCCCCUACGAAGACCUUAAGACAAAGCUCAACUCCCCCUGGCGAACUCACAUCCGAGUCCACAAAAAGAACAUGCCCAGGACCAAGAGUCAUCUGUGCUGCGGGGACACCAUAGGGCUGAUAGAAGAGCAGAACGAGGCCUGCAAGACCAACGGCCUGGGGGCGGCAGAGGUGUUCCCCUCCGGUUGUACAGCGACAGCUGGAAGAGAAGGCGGCAGCCCUGAGGGCAGCACUGGGAGGACGAUCGAGGGGCAGUCUCCGGAGCCAGUGUUCGGAGAUGCUGACGUGGAUGUGUCUGCGGUUCAGGUGAAGUUGGGAGCCCUGGAACUGAACCAGAGGGAUGCUGCAGCUGAAACUGAGCCCAGGGUGCACCCGCCUUGCCAGCGGCACUGCCCAGAGCCACCAAGUGCACCUGAAGAAAACAAAGCCACCAGCAAACCUCCCCAAGGCAGCAACUCAAAAACCCCCAUCUUUAGCCCUUUUCCCAGCGUCAAGCCCCUGCGGAAAUCUGCCACUGCCAGGAACUUGGGAUUAUAUGGCCCUACAGAAAGAACCCCGACCGUGCACUUUCCUCAGAUGAGCAGGAGCUUCAGCAAACCCGGCGGUGGAAGCGGUGGCACUAAGAAACGAUGAUGUCUCCCCAAAACUUUCUAUCUGGACUCACCUUUUCAUGGUAGUAUAAGGGUUGCAACUGAAUGGCUCUAAAAGAGUUUUAUUUGUCCAGUGAAAAUGAAUAGGUUCAGAUAUGAGCAACAGCCCAUAAGAAAUGGGUACUGGAAGUUUUAUAAUGGGAGUUAGAAUAGGGCUGUUUUCCCAUCCACUUGCUAACUGACAAAGUGGAUUCUUGUGGCAAAAUAAAUAUUGUGGUUUUAUAGUGUGACGUUUUCCCAAGUUUUCAUUGUGAGCUGUUUAAAAAGACUGUAUAUCUAGACUGUUAACUCCUCUCGCAUCCUCCUGUUCUGGGGGCCUUCAGGGUCCCUUGUGACAGCACCCCCAAAUCUUCCAGUUCUCUGGGUGUUACUAAUACCCAAGCAUGCACAUACCAGCUUGCUAGGACAGAAACUGUAAAAAGAAAGUUUCUUCGUUACAGAAAACUUCCUGAUUUUCCUUUUCAUGUUUUACGGAGGGGAUUGUGUUGUGUGAGUUUUCCCUCAGUACCAGUCUCCAAAUUGUUUUUUUAAUCUUAUGCUAAGUCAAAGAGAAAGAUCUAGAUAGCUCUUCUUUAACUUUCUAUUUCUACCUGCAAAAUGAAGAAAACCUUUCAUCUGUUGAAAUUUCGGUCGAUGACCCACUUGAAGAUCUUAUGCACAGGACACACAUGGGAUAUGCUUUAAGCAAUUGCUCUGAACACCUUGCUUGCGCCACUGAGCUUUUCCUGAGGUUUGUUUCCUCCUCUGGAGGAGAGCUUUGAUCCUCAGUGGCAUGGAUGACUUGAUGGGCUCCACGUGGAGCCUGGCCUGCAUCCCCUACCACGCAGCUCACUCACCCACCAGCUCUCCACUGCAGACGCACAAGGCCUCUGAUCAGAAGCCAGAACAUGGCACCUGCAACUCCGUUACUUGAAUUUUGUGCUUUUUGAUUGGAGUCCUUUGUUGAGUACUUUAUUACUUAAACACUGCCUUUCUCUGGAGAAGGCUCCAGUGCUUUCUAGCUCCCUCUCACUCACUCCUGCCCUUUCUAGCUCUCUCUAACCCAGUGGGUCAGGGAUAGCAUCUCUUGUCUCCACUAUGCAGAUGGGAACUAUGAGCCACACAGAGGUGAAGUAGCACUUCAGUUACUCAAGGUCAGUACUCCCGGUAUUCAAGGUGACUUGGCCACAUUUCCUUCAGUGCAAUAGGUGGGUUUAGUGCUCUUUGUACACAGAUGCAUUGGCUACAUAGCUUGUAAAAACCAAGACUGGGAAGCCAUUCACUAAACUCCCUCCUGACUCAAAGGACCUGUCUCUAGAUGGUGGAGUCCCAUGCUGGCAUUUUACAAAACCAGCUGUGACUUCCUUACCCUGUAAAGGGGGUUCAUUUAAAAAAUGCUUCAUGCCCCUGUCAUUUGGCUGAACAAAAGGCUCACUCCUCAAUCCCCUUCUCCCCACUAUCAUUAGAGGAAUAGACUCAGCCUUCAUCUUUGUCUCUGGAAGACCUUUGGCGAUACUUGCAGAAAUACUGUUGAUGCAGUCAGUGUUAAUUUCAGCUAAUGGAUCGUUAAUUCUGAAAUGAAAACUACAAUUUUGGAGCAGGCUUUUACUAUGAGAGGUACUAAUUUUUAUAAUAAAAUAGAGAAUGUGGUUGUGUGGGCUUUUUUUGAACAGAAAACACAACAAUGACCUAUACAGUGAGAAAAGCUAUUUUAUCCUCUUCAUGGUAUUUUUAUCCCCAAAGGAACUGAAGAUAGAAAAUAUGACUAAUAAGUUAUUUCAGUUUUGGUCUUGAAUUCUGUGCCAUCUGAAGUUAGCAUCUAGCUUCUUAAAAAGCAGCCACACCCACAGCCUGCUUUUUGGGAAGGGUGUAGGUGGAGAGAUGGGCUUAUUUUGCAUACCACCCUCAGGGCCCAGAGACCAACUGCGUUUUCCAAAGUUAAGGAAAUGACACCAUUUUUUUUCUGUCAGCUAAACUUUACAGAUAAGAAUGAUUCCAUCUCAUAUCCUUUUCUCUGCCCCUUCCCAAAUGAGUCAGAAUAGUCAGGUUCCCUUUGAGGGAUGUCUGACUUGAAUGGAGAAUUGUUCUUUCCUCUCUUGAAUCAGCUCACUAGCUCUGUGAUGGUCUGGGUUCAAGGAGAUGGUUAAUGAGGUAUAUACAAAUCCUUAUGCGAAUCCUUGGGAUUGCACCACUGCUGUCCACAAACUUAGUUAUCCACAACACAUGCUGUGUCCUGUGAACACUCUCUUCUCACCUGUUUCCAGGGUUGGUCUUCCUGAGAACGGGAUGGAUGAGAUGACACACAGUUUGGGAUAAGUAUCUGUUGAAUGAAUGAAUAACUGAAAGGAUAAUAGUCUUUUGAGGUAAAAAUGGCCUUGUCAGAAUUUUGAAAAUCCAUCAGAUUCCUGUUAAAGCCCUCUGUGUACCAAUAACAUGCAUGCAUUGUACCAAGUAAUCACAAUGUGAAUUGGUCAAUUUAUGAGCCUUGCCUACUUUAGAAAAUAAAGAAACCUGCAGUAGCCUCUACCACACAGCAUGUACAAAGACCAGUGUGGACUUGCUAUCUUCCCUAUGUAUUGGACACUGUAUGCAAACACCAGAAGUACUUAACAAGUAGUGGUUUCUUGAUUUAAUGUCUGUAGCCUCUUAGCGUUUGUACCGGGAAUCAACUCAUUCUGAUGCCUCUGUACCUCAGUUCCUCUUACAGAAGCCUCCAGAUGAUCUAGAUCUAGUUAGCAAUGUCAGUCUAUGGGCUGCAACUGUUUGGGACAUUGUAUUCCUGUUUGUCUCUUGUUCUGAAGGAUUGUAUUGAUCACAAAGCUAUAUGCAUAAAGACUCUCAUUGUUGUA